AUGGCUUGGUACAGUUUUUGGAGAUAUUGUAUGGUGCUUUUCGCUCCCUUCCAUGAUUUGUUGGGAAACUGCACAGCAACAAACAUCACAACCACGGAGCCAGUUCCAGCGAUUACUUACCUGCCAGGUUACCUAGAGAAAAUCUGUCCCCUGAGAUGUUUGGAAGGAAAGUGCACAUUUCUUGACGAUGGAGGCAUUGACUGCACCUAUGGAUGUAACGAUGGCUACAUGGGGAAAAUGUGCAACUUCCCAUGUAUGAACAAUUGCUCAAAAUGUGAGCGAGAGAAUGCAGAUGACUGUAUCAAAUGUGAUCAGGGUUACUUUGGUGAAAUAUGUGACAAAUGUCCAAAUGCAUGUGGCGAACAAGGAUGCUAUGGUAACGGUGUCUGCAAGGAGGACUGUUCAGCAAUUAAUGUCUGUUGGGAUAAAUGUUUACCAGGAUGUAAGAUAUGUAACGACACAUUAGGUAAAUGUCAGGAGUGUGCCAACAAUUUCAUGGGAGAGAACUGCGAGACUUCCUGUUCAGACAAUUGUCGCUCUAUCUGCUCAACACAGAACUGUACAUCUCAAUGUGAAAGAGACACGGGUAGAUGUUUACAUGGAUGUGAGCCUGGUUCCUGGGGAGAGCGAUGUGCAGAUCUGUGUAGUCCGAGAUGUCUUGACCAAAACUGUAAUCAAACAUCAGGACAAUGUGUUCAAUGCAUUAGAGGCUACCAUGGCUUUAAAUGUCAUUUGCCAUGUGUAAACUGCAAGGACAGCGGUUGCCUUAAAACGACAGGCACGUGCAAGAAAUGUGAUGCUGGGUACUAUGGACGCACCUGUACUCAAACCUGUCUCAACUGCUCCUCUGACGUCUGUGCUCGGCUCAGUGGACUUUGUAGUAAUGUAUCCAUGACCAACAUAAUAGGUAAGAAUAUUAAACUCCAUUUGUUGAAAUUAAUCUUCCAGACUGAGUCUCAACUGUUCAUCUGA